UCUCUCUCUCUCUGGAGCGUUCUCUAUCUUCAGUGAGCUUCUCUAGACCGCGAUCGCCGGGAAAAUCAUAAUCAGAUUAUUCUGAGCUUAGGCUCGGCUAAAUUAUGGAUUGCUCGUAUUCGAUGCAUCCAAACGCAAACAAAGAAAACGUCUCUACUUCAAAUGUUCAGGGAAAUUUUGGCCGUGUAACGAGAUCACGAGCUAAAAAAGCCUUGGGAGGAGUAUCUAUACCUCCAACAAAACCUUCGUUUAAACAGCAAAAGAAGCGUUCAGUACUUCGGGAUGUGAGUAAUACUUCUGCAGGAAAUAUAUAUUCUGACCUCCUGGGAGAAGGAAACAUCAAGGUUGCCAGAAAAUGUAUAAAACAGUGUAAAAAGGUAGCAAAGGAAGGUACUGAUGUUGCCAUGGAAAUUCUGGAUGAUAUGCAUACAGAAAAAUCAAAAUUAGCAGAAGAUUUGUCCAAGAUCAGGAUGGCGGAAUCCCAAAAUGCUCAUCUAUCUAUCUCUAAAGAUGAAGAAAUUACUGAGCAGCAACAAGAAGACGGAUCUGGUGUCAUGGAUUUUCGUCAAGUUGUAGAUAUUGAUUCCAACGAUAAAGAUCCUCAGUGUUGCAGCUUGUAUGCGGCUGAUAUAUAUGACAACAUAAAUGUUGCAGAGCUUCAACCACGACCCUUGGCUAAUUAUAUGGAGGUUGUGCAGCGAGAUAUCGACCCAGGCAUGCGAAGGAUUCUGAUUGACUGGCUUGUAGAGGUUUCCGAAGACUACAAGCUGGUUCCGGAUACGCUUUACCUUACAGUGAAUCUUAUUGAUCGGUUUCUAUCCAACAAUUGCAUUGAAAGGCAUAGACUCCAGCUCCUUGGUGUCACUUGCAUGCUUAUAGCUUCAAAAUACGAAGAGCUUUGCGCACCACCGGUGGAGGAGUUUUGCUUCAUUACGGCCAAUACAUACUCGAGACCAGAAGUGAUUAGCAUGGAGAUUCAAGUUCUAAAUUAUGUGCACUUUAAAUUAUCGGUUCCUACAACCAAAACCUUUCUGAGGCGGUUCAUUAGAGCAGCUCAAGCUUCUUACAAGGUGCCUCUCACUGAACUGGAGUUUUUAGCAAACUAUCUCGCCGAGCUGACACUCGUGGAAUAUACUUUCCUAAGGUUCCUGCCAUCACUAGUUGCUGCUUCAGCUGUUUUCCUAGCCAGAUGGACACUCGACCAAACUGACCAUCCUUGGAAUCCUACUCUGGAGCAUUACACAAGAUAUGAGGUAGCCGAGCUGAAAACCGCAGUACUCGCAAUGGAGGAUUUGCAGCUCAACACCAGUGGAUGUACCCUUACUGCCACCCGUGAGAAAUAUAACCAACCAAAGUUUAAGAGCGUGGCGAAGAUGACAUCUCCCAAACGAGUCACAUCACUUUUCUCAGGGUGAAACUGAGCAUUACCUUCUUAUGCUUAAACCAUCAGAAACUAAAGCAAUAACAAAUCCUGGUGGCGAUCAAUUCCUAGUUUCAGACAUUGGAUUUAGUGGUCUCUUCCUUUGACCAUUGAUUUCCUAGUGUUUGUUUCUGCUAUAGUUUUGUCUGUCUGUUUCUCUGUAGCUAUUGUGUGGCGCUAGUGAUUUUAGGCCAUUAUAUAUUAUGGAAUUUUGUUAAUCUCAUUUCUACAUCCAUUCAUCACCUUGCAAGAUACUGUACUUAAAAGCUCUUGUAAAACGAAUAGAAACAAAAGUUAUAAUAAUAUAUGGUUCAUGUUUCGUG